CUAACCCUGAAUCAACAAACAGAACUAACAAAUAUUGCUACAAGUGUGACUGCAUCAUAUAAAAAUUAUUAAUUAAUACUAUUAGCCUAAUAAUGUUCAUCAUCUAGCUGACUACGUCUUGUGUUCAUUUUUUAUACUACACCUGUGUGUAGUAUAUAGUUUAAAUACAUUAUUCUAUUUUUAACAAAAUGACAAUAAUGCCGGACUUGUUUGUACGGUAAAUUUUUAAUUAGGCCUAUUUCCAACAGAAUUACAAUGUUAUUAUGCGAUGGUGAAACUAUUUACAAAUAAACGGAAAUAAUAAUCAUUAAUAUUAAUCGAAAUCCCUCAUUAUUUAUUUUAUUUUUCUUUUUUUACUUAAUUACUGGAUUUGAAUCAUUGGCAUUUUCGCAACCUUUUAUAUAUUUACAGUUGAGUUUCUGUAGCAUAUAUAAGUUACUAUUUGUGUGAAAGAACUUGAGAGAGAAAAAAAGUUCUGUCAAGGACAAAAUAAAUGACGACUUCCUCUUCCUUGAGAUCGUGAAACUGUGAAAAGGAACAAUGGCGGCUCUGUUCGGAGAAUACGUGCUGAAAACAAAGUUUACUUUUACCUUGUUUACAGUGUUUGCUUUACUUCUGAACGGUGCGUCUGAUGUCACCACAGAACUCGUGUCAGUGUUUGUGAUGAAGGGAGACUCGGUCACUCUUCACACUAAUAUCACAAUGAACCGUCGAGAAAGAUUUAAAUGGUAUUUCAUUGACGAUCUCAUCGCUCAAAUCAAUGGAGAUCUCAGUUAUAACUGCACCGAUGUUCAGUGUAAUAGAGAAGAUGAGAGAUUCAGAGACAGACUGAAGCUGGAUCAUCAAUCUGGUGAUCUUACGAUCGCAAACAUCAGCACUUCAGACAGAGGAGUGUAUCGACUACAGACCUUCAGAAGCAGACACACUGGAAACACUUUCAAUGUUGAUGUUAAUGGUGUUUCUGCUGAAGUGAAGAGAAAGUCAGUGAAGGAGGGAGAAUCUGUCUCUUUAGACACUCCUGGAGUUAAAAACCCAGAUGAUGUGAUCACGUGGUGCUUUAAUGACUCUCUCAUCGCUGAAACCACUGGAGAUCAGACUCACAUCUGUGAAGAUGUCCAGUGUGAAGAGAGAUUCAGAGACAGACUGGAGCUGGAUCAUCAGACUGGAUCUCUGACCAUCACAGACACCAGAUCCACAGACUCUGGAGAAUAUCAACUUAAGAUCAGAUCCAUGAGAAACCAUUACACUGUCACCAGCAUCAAGAGCUUCACUGUGUCUGUGACUGAUUCAGGUGUGUCUUCAGCUGUUAAAGCAGGGAUAUAUGCGGCUGUAGUUCUGCUGAUAGCUGCACCUGUUGUUGUUGGAGUCAUUUUCUAUUUCUUCAGGAGCUCCAUGAAGGAUGAAAAGAGCCUUCAAGAUCGGAGAGGAUCCCAACCGGAUCAGUGUGAAGACACCGAUGCAUUAUUCCCAUUUUAGUGAAGUGACAAAAACAGGUUCUUAUUUAUCACAGUGCACUUACUGUUACCUGGUUUGGAAAUGUUAAAUCACCUGUGACGGGAGGCAUAGAUCAUUUUAAUAAUGUAAUCAUCUGAAUGUCAUAUAUAUAUGUACACACAGUGGCUGUAAAACGAUAUCUUAUAAAUUAGUCGGCUCGUAAACAGUGCUAGAGAUUUUAUUAACUUGAGAGAAUUUCUAAAGAAAAAAUGUUAAAUACCAGUUAAACCCAUGAUGUUUGCAGUUGUUACGGAUAAAAAAUAAUGUGCUGGAAUGAUAUUUAUUACUCCUGAAAUGUCUGUAAAGGUGAGAUAUGCUUUCUAUAUAUGCUAUUUUCCCAUUGCACAUAUUCUGGACCGAUGUGGAACAUUUAAUUAAGAAAAAAGAAAAGGAAAUUGCUUUACCGCUAAAUGUUUACAGCUACACAUAUCUGCUACUAUUAUUAAUAUACAUGGGAACGUUUCAUAUUUUAAAAUGACUUUUUUUUAUUAUUAUUUAAAUGCUUUGCAAACUGUAAAAAUGCACUUAGAUUAUUUAUGAUGCAUGUAUUUUUAUGUUAUAUUGUAUUAUUUAUUUUUUAAAUUAAUUUAUGUUUGUGUCUGCUUAGGAAUAGAUAUUUGUGUCAUUGUAGCCUUUUGUUCUUGGUUAUGGCAAUAAUACUACUACAAAUGAUGAGCUUUAUGGUUUACUGCACCUUGCUAUUAGGUGAAGAUGUCACUUUUUCAUAUUUGUAUGUUUGAUUUAGAAGUUAUUUUAUAUUUGUUAAAACGGUGAAUAAAUGUAGCACUGUGUGCUGAAUGUGAA